CAGGCAAUGUCGCUUCCAGUUUUGGCGGCUAAAGUAGCACGACCCUUUGUAAGAACCAUCUACAAUGAUACGAGGAAAAAUCUGAUGAUCAAUAAUAAUACGAAGGUGCUUAUUCAGGGUUUUACUGGUAAACAAGCUACGUUCCAUGGGCAACAAAUGAUUGAUUACGGAACGAAAGUUGUUGGAGGAGUCUCGCCCAAGAAGGCGGGAACGAAACAUCUUGGACUGCCUGUAUUUAAAUCAGUUGCUGAAGCUAAAGCUGCCACUGGCUGCGACGCCACCAUCAUCUACGUCCCAUAUCAGGUAGCAGCAGGAGCGAUCGAAGAAGCUUUGGAUGCUGAGAUUCCCCUGAUCGUAUGUAUUACCGAAGGAAUACCACAACAGGAUAUGGUACGCGUUAAAGCCAGACUUGUGAAACAAGAUAAGUCACGGUUGGUCGGCCCUAAUUGCCCAGGAAUCAUCGCUUCGGAUCAAUGCAAGAUUGGAAUUAUGCCUGGACAGAUACACAAACGAGGUUGCAUAGGCGUUGUAUCGCGAUCUGGAACCCUUACCUAUGAAGCCGUACAGCAAACAACCGAGGUUGGCCUUGGUCAGACUUUAGUUGUUGGAAUGGGUGGCGAUCCUUUCAAUGGAACCAACUUCAUUGAUUGCCUUGAUAUCUUCUUCGGUGAUCCAAAUUGCAGAGGUGUAAUUCUUAUUGGUGAGAUUGGUGGAACGGCUGAAGAGCAAGCAUCCGAGUUUAUCAAAGAUAAUGUCAAACGAGGCAUCAACAAGCCGGUGGUCUCUUUCAUUGCUGGACUUACGGCUCCACCUGGACGACGUAUGGGUCACGCCGGUGCCAUUAUUUCGGGAGGAAAAGGAACUGCCACUGACAAAAUCGAAGCAUUGAAGGCGGCUGGCGUACACGUAGUGAACUCGCCAGCCAUCCUUGGUUCGACUAUGGCUAAAGUGCUCAUACACCAAUAAGUGUAUUUUUUUGAGGCUCCUAUGAUCUGAUCAUAUAACUGUUGACUGUCAUUUUUCCAGUCGUAAUGCGUACUUAGUCAUGCCAUCAUGGUGAAGUUUUUUCUUUCUCUGCUAAAGUAGCUUUAGACGAUUGUUCGCUUUAGAGUGCAAGUUAGCCUUUUCUCUGAAGUAAUGUGGAAUCAUAAUCUGAAUUGAGUUGAUCUCUCUUGGCUAAUGCUGCACCUAAAUAUUCAUAAUUCAAGGCUUUAGUUGUUGACGUCGUAACUAGGUGUUAUUUAUUUGACUAAGCUAUGUAGGUACGGUUCGUCCUUGUGCAGGUUUUUGUUUUGUGGACUCUAAAUGUUCAGACAUUUAUCGUUGUGCUGUAAACAGUAGAAAUGUAGGAAAUUU